CCUCACAAUUUUCUUAAAUUUCUUUCACAUUCACCCUUUGCCACUUGUCCUCCUUUCCCCUUCCUUCGCCACCCCUAGUACUUCCCGAUUUCCUGCGCUUUUUUUUUUUUUCAAGUAAGGAGCAGAGUUCGAAUAAAGAUACCCUUUUCAUUAUAACUGAAAAUCCCGGUCUCUAAACGAUCAAAUCUUCAACUUUCAAGGCCUAAUAGAUACAGUUUUUUGAGCUUCACUUGGGUACGUACAAUGGAAGUUGAUGAUGACAACAAGCCUUCAACUUCAGCUGCAGAACCUUCAGUUGCAGUUCCUGAUGGCCAAACCGCAGUGCCUACAGCUAAUAACACUCCAAUUCAGCCUGUUCAGCCUAUUGUUCCGCAAGUGGUCCCACUUGCAGUUGUACCACCUAUUGCUCCAAUACCUGCAAUUCCUCCACCCCUGGUUGUCAACCCAUUGGCUCCUCUCCCAGUUCGCCCUCCGGUCCUUAAACCACCUGUGCCUCAAAAUGGUGAGGUGAAAACUAGUGAUUCAGACUCUGACUAUGACAAUGAUGGGCGAGCUACUGUUGGUGAAUAUGAGAUCUCAGAAGAGAGCAGACUAGUUAGAGAGCGGCAAGAAAAGGCAAUGCAAGAACUUCUGAUGAAACGACGUGCUGCUGCACUAGCUGUGCCUACUAAUGACAUGGCUGUGCGGGCUCGACUUCGCCGGCUUGGUGAACCCAUAACUCUUUUUGGAGAAAGAGAGAUGGAAAGGCGGGAUAGGCUGCGGAUGAUUAUGGCGAAGCUGGAUUCUGAGGGGCAAUUGGAGAAGUUGAUGAAAGCUCAUGAGGAGGAAGAGGCUGCAGUUUCUGCUAAGGUGGAGGACAUUGAGGAAGACAUCGAAUAUCCCUUUUAUACUGAAGGUCCAAAAGAGCUUUUGGAUGCUAGAAUUGAUAUUGCAAAGUACUCUGUUUUAAAGGCAACUGUGCGUGUUCAAUGUGCACGGAGAAAAAGGGAUGAUCCAGAUGAAGAUAUGGAUGCUGAAAUUGAUUGGGUACUAAAGCAGGCAGGGAAUUUGGUUCUUGAUUGCAGUGAAAUUGGAGAUGAUAGACCACUUUCAGGUUGUUCUUUCUCACGUGAUGGAAAACUUCUUGCCACCUGCUCUUUGAGUGGAGUUGCUAAGUUGUGGUCAAUGCCUAGGGUAAGUAAGGUUUCUGCCUUAAAGGGCCACACAGAACGUGCAACUGAUGUUACAUUUUCUCCUGUGCAUGAUCAUUUAGCAACUGCUUCUGCUGACCGAACAGCAAAGUUGUGGAACACUGAUGGAUCUCUCCUGAAAACAUUUGAGGGCCAUUUGGACCGCCUUGCACGUAUUGCCUUCCAUCCUUCAGGGAAGUACCUUGGUACAACUAGCUUUGAUAAAACAUGGAGACUGUGGGACAUAGACAGUGGUGUGGAGUUGCUUCUCCAAGAAGGUCAUAGUAGGAGCGUCUAUGGAAUUGCCUUCCAUCAAGAUGGAUCUUUAGCAGCAUCCUGUGGACUUGAUGCACUUGCUCGUGUUUGGGAUCUUCGCACUGGGAGAAGUAUUCUUGCCUUGGAAGGCCAUGUCAAGCCUAUUCUAGGUGUUAGUUUUUCACCCAAUGGGUAUCAUUUAGCCACAGGUGGUGAAGAUAAUACUUGUCGGAUAUGGGAUUUGAGGAAGAAAAAGUCCCUGUAUAUCAUACCAGCCCACUCAAAUCUUAUAUCACAAGUGAAGUUUGAGCCUCAAGAGGGAUAUUAUUUGGUCACUGCUUCUUAUGACAUGACUGCAAAGGUUUGGUCUGGCAGAGAUUUUAAGCCUGUCAAAAGCUUACCGGGUCAUGAAGCUAAAGUCACUGCUUCAGAUAUUAGUGAAGAUGGCCGAUAUAUAGUGACCGUCUCUCAUGAUCGAACUAUAAAGCUGUGGACUGCCGGUAACAUCGAAAAGGAAAAUGACAUGGAUUUGGACUGAGGGGCUUUAUGGACCGUUGAUAUGGUUGGAUCUUGUAAUAGCUUCUUGGAGAAUUUAGGUGUUUUCUGUAGCAGCUUUCAACAUAUUUUCGAGUCAGAUUAAAACAAUAUAUUUUGUACUAAUGAAAGUAGAAAGCAAACAUAGGUUUCUUCAACAAUUUUGUAUGAAAAUUUGGUAUGACAAAUAUUACUAAAUUUUUGCUGUAAGCUGGAAAGGAUGUUUGUCCAUUUCCUCAGUCUAGUCUUGGUCUUCUUGGACAACAGGUACUUGUAUUUGGCAGACUUUAGAGAUGAAAUUGAAUUAUGAUUCCGAAAAGCCCAAGCUAUAGCCAGCCGGAAAACGGGGUGGUGUUACUGUUUUUGUUAAAGAAGCACCCGACGGCACAUCACCACUAGCGAUGUGUGGUUAUGUACUGAAGUCAUGAAUCAUGAACGUAGGCAACUUUUUUAAGUUUCGGGCCACGCAGGUAAAAAUGUUAUUUUCAGAUAUCUACUUUGCACUUCAAUUUCUAUCACCAGUACCAGUUUUUUCCUUUCAACUGCAAAGCUAAAAGUUCGUUGGAAGGACAGGUUAAAAUGUAGCUACGAGCACUAAGUACACCAGAAGGAUUUCAUAAAUUCGUAUUAAUGUUCACUACACGUGCAACACAUGCAACUCAUUUCUUUCUGGACAAUUGCUCUCAAAUUAACGAAUCAAUUAUAACUUAAUUUGAAGAUUUCGACCAAGUCGUUACCAGCGGCGGCAUGAACGCUAGAUCUGCCUUCCAAGAUUUUACCAG